AUCGUGGUUGUCUUCCGUCUCCCGCCUCCCGUCUCCGAAUCCCAGCCGCCGCUUCCCUCUCUGCAGUCAGAGUCUGUUAUCUGCCGGCUACCCUUCCACGGAGGAGUUACUUGAACUCCUCGCGCGGCGCUCCCUUAAUCAGCUACUCAUAUUUUUCGGGAUAUAUGCACCAACUGCACUUGCAGCAGGUGCUAGUGCUGCUGUGGACCCGCGUCCUGCUCUGCCUCGCGUCGUCACCCUCAUCGCCAGCAACCAUAGCCGGAGCGGGAAAAAGUGCGCUACAGCAGCACCAGGACCCUACCUUUGGAAAAAUGUCCACCACAACCACAACGGGGGAGCCGGACUCAGCACAACAACAUGCGCCCAGACCGCAGCUUUCGAGGCGAAUAACCCUCCAUACCGAACCAGCGCAUAUCGAAGCCGUUCUCUCCAGGUACGCCGGGAUGAACCCACCGCCUGUAAACCUUGCUCAGGGCGUUUGCCACUGGGAUCCACCCCCGGCAGCGCUGCGGCAGAUGGAGUCAGGGCUGCGCGAACCAGCCAACCAUAAGUAUGGGCCUGCGCUGGGCCUCCCGGCGCUGCGUGAGGCGCUGGUAGCGAAGCUGGAAGAGGAGAACGGCCUCGAUAUGACGGGACAAGAGGUGAUGGUCACCUCUGGUGGAAAUCAGGCGUUCGCCAUGGUCGCUCUGGCCUUGCUCGACCCAGGGGACCGGGUGCUUUUGGCACGUCCGUUCUACUGCGCGCACCAGUGUGCCGUUCAGCUCGCGGGGGGCACACUGGUGGAGUGCGACUGGGACACUUCGACGCUGUUGCCGGACAUGGAGCAGCUACGACGGGAGGUGCAGCGAGGUGUCAAGAUGGUGGUCAUCACAACGCCAGGAAACCCUUCGGGAGCAGUGUGCCCCCGGGAGACCCUGGAAGAGAUUGCACGGCUAUGCGGGGAGAACAACGCCUGGCUGGUGGUCGAUGAGGCCUACGAGCACUUUCUACACGACGGCGAGAGGCACUUCAGCCCUUGUGGCAACAGCCUCGGCUGCCCCGAUAACGUUAUCCACCUGUUCACCAUGUCGAAGUCGUUCGGGCUGGCCGGUUGGCGAGUGGGUUACGCGGUUUACCCGUCUUGGGCGAGCAAGGAGAUGGUCAAGGUGCAAGACACCCUGCCGACGCACGCCUGCACGGGGAGCCAAAAGAUCGCCCUCGCCGCACUGGAAGGUGGUGUCGACUGGGUGAAGUCCAAGGUGUCAUCGCUUUCAAGGUGCCGAUCGGCCAUGUGGGCUGCCGUGAAAGAUAUGGGAGGCGUUAUGGGCAAGGGGUCCUUCUACUUUCUCGUUCCGGUGCCGGUGGAGGAGGACAGGGCGGUCGACGUCCUAGCCAGGCGGUGGGGUGUACUUACCACCCCAGGAAGGGCGUUCGGCGCUCCGGGACACAUCAGAGUAUCUUACGGAUCCCUUCCGGAGGAGCAAUGUCUUCCUGCUAUUCGAAGCCUAGCAGAGGGCUUGCGAGAGUUAUCCAACGAGACUUCGGAGACGCAGGCUGAACGUGGUUAGUUCUGCCGCAUCGCAAUAUGUUCUAGAUGGCACGAGCGGCCUAACCUUGCGGGGAGUUUCGAAACGUCCUCUCGUCUGGGUUCGGUCCGAACAGAACGAUUGAGUGAUUGGAGUUUUGACAAGUGAGAAAGGGCGCGUUUGCCCGAUACAGGUUGCGGGUGUUCAACUCUCACUUCGUAGCUAUUAUAGACCUCGGGACGUUUAUAGGGUAGGGGUCAUGGAUGUUGCCCAACACAAGGUGUGUGCUUUUGAUAAAUUGUUUCACCUACAGCUGCUGUGAGUUUUAAAGUUGCUGGAUUAGACUUAUUUACUGAAGCAUCGUUCCUGAGGCUGCGGGAUAAGCCGACUUGAUGAAGCCAUCCGACUCGAUAUGCUGUAACUGGGUGCCUUCAGCGGAUGGAUGCAUCGGGCCUGCUUUUCAACGGGUUCAGGGUUAGUGGUGUUUCAUAUUCCGUCUGUUUUUUCAAGCCCCAUUUGGCCAGCAGUUCUUUUGGCGUUGCAAAUGUGGAAGACUAGAUGAAUGUUGUUUGGCACGCGCGUGCGCGGCAGGCUCCUUGCACGCAUGGCUUAGCCGACCUUCAUUGUCUCUCAUGGUCACAUGUCAUGUUGGGUAACCCGUGUAGUGCGGCAGAGUGGACGCGAUGGGCUAGUUCGGCGUUUGUUCAACGACUGGAGAAAAAAUAUUACAACGACUUGACACCAGC